GAUCCCGGCGGAGCCCGCGGAGGAGGAGCGGGAGCGGAGCGGGACCGGAGCGCGGCCGCAGCGCCGGCACCCCGAGAUGCCCUGCAUCCAGGCGCAGUACGGCACAGCGGGCACCGGCCCCUGCGAGCGCUGCCCGGCCGAGCUGCUCAGCCCCGACGGCGGCCGAUUCCCUAUGGAAGUGGCCGGAGCCGACCUGGCGGCCGCCCCAGCCCUGCCCAGCUUCAGCACCUUCAUGGAGGGCUACGCCGGCGAGUUCGAUGCCUUCCUCUACCAGCUGCCGGCCGGCAGCCAGCCCACCGCUUCCUUCAAGCUGGAGGACUUCCAGGUUUACGGCUGCUACCCCAGCGCCUUUGGCGGGCAGCAGGAUGAGACCCUCUCCUCCAGCGGCUCGGACUGUUACGGCAGCCCCUGCUCCGUCCCCUCGCCCGCCACGCCGGGCUUCCAACCGCCCCAGGCUCCGGGCUGGGAGGGCUCCUUCGGGGCGUUCUCGCCCCUGCCGAACUACGAGGGUGCGCAGCCCUGGGCUGAGCCGGCCAAGGGCGGGACGUCACAGCCCCCCUUCUUCACCUUCAGCCCCCCAGCACCCAGCCCCGGGGGGUCCCCCGGGACCCUAAAGGGCCAACCGGGCCCCUCGGCCCGCCUCGACCCGCGGCUGCUGGACACAGACGCCUUCACCCCGGGCCAGGGCUCCCCCAGGGGCUUCCCCGGGCUGCCCCUGGCCCCCACCUCGCAGCUGUUGGAGGGGCCGGCGCUGGCCCCCACCAAGACACGGAGCCCCGGUGCGGGCGACGGCCGCUGCGCCGUGUGCGGAGACAACGCUUCGUGCCAGCACUACGGCGUGCGGACCUGCGAGGGCUGCAAGGGCUUCUUCAAGCGCACGGUGCAGAAGAACGCCAAGUACAUCUGCCUGGCCAACAAGGACUGUCCCGUGGACAAGCGGCGGAGGAACCGCUGCCAGUUCUGCCGCUUCCAGAAGUGCCUGGCCGUCGGAAUGGUCAAAGAAGUGGUCCGGACCGACAGCCUGAAGGGGCGGCGGGGCCGGCUGCCCUCCAAGCCCAAGCAGCCACCAGACACGUCCCCCGUGAGCCUCAUCACCUCCCUGGUGCGGGCACACAUCGACUCCAUCCCCAGCGCCACCAAGCUCGACUACUCCAAGUUCCAGGAGUCGGUGCCGUGCCAGUUCGAGAAGGAGGACUCGGUGGACGUGCAGCAGUUCUAUGACCUGCUCACCGGCUCCAUGGAUGUCAUCCGCAAGUGGGCUGAGAAGAUCCAGGGUUUCACCGAGCUGCCCAAGGAGGACCAGGACCUGCUGCUGGAAUCAGCCUUCCUCGAGCUCUUCAUCCUGCGCCUGGCAUACCGCUCCAAGCCAGAGGAAGGGAAACUCAUCUUCUGCAACGGGGUGGUGCUGCACCGCCUGCAGUGCGUGCGGGGCUUUGGCGAGUGGAUCGACGCCAUCCUCGAGUUCUCCCAGAGCCUGCACCGCAUGAGCGUCGACGUCCCCUCCUUCUCCUGCCUCGCUGCCCUCGUCAUCAUCACAGACCGCCACGGGCUGAAGGAGCCCAAGCGUGUGGAGGAGCUGCAGAACCGCAUCGUGGGCUGCCUGAAGGAGCACGUAGCGGCAGCGGGGCCGGAGCCCGCCCGUCCCGGCUGCCUCUCCAAGCUGCUGGGCAAGCUGCCGGAGCUGCGCAGCCUCUGCACGCAGGGGCUGCAGCGCAUCUUCUACCUGAAGCUGGAGGACCUGGUGCCACCACCGCCCAUCGUCGACAAGAUCUUCAUGGACACGCUGCCCUUCUGAAGCCCCCCCAUCCCUCAGGGAUAACCGGGUCGCCCCGGCUCCCACAUGUGCCUUCAUGGCGCUGCCCCAGUGCCUUUCGCCCGGGGGGGGCAUUGCCGGCGCGGUGCUCCCCCUCUCCCCUGUAAAAACACCCCCUUUGUAAAUAGCGAGCGGCCGGAUCCUGUACAGAAAGGGGAGUGCGGGGGGGGGGGCACCCCCCAACCUCCCCCCCAGCCCCUUUAUAUAUUUUUCCUUUAUUUUUUGCCUCUUUGGGCCAUUUUCUGUAUAUAAACUUGUACGAAAGCUGCCGAAA